AUGGCCGAUACAGAAUCGAAAAUAACAAGUUUAGGGAAAUCAUUAGCUGGAGGAGAUGUGAAAGCAAUGGGUCAAGAUGCUAUUAACCAACAGGUUGCUAAAAAUUCCUUAUUCCCAUCUCUCUCAUUCAAACAAAGGAUCAUUGGAUUCUCAAUAUGAGCGAUCCUUGGAGUAGCUUUUGGAAUUCUUAGCUUUUUCGUUAUUCUCUCAAUAACCACCUCUCCAGCACGAUUUGCAGUUCCAUACUCCUUAAGCACUCUCUGACUAAUCGCUUCGACCUUCUUCCUAGUUGGUCCAUGGAGACAAGUGAAAACGAUGUUCCACAAGACAAGGUGGUUGACCUCUUUAAUCCUAAUCUUAUCCUUCGUGAUGGUUCUUAUUUCUGCAUUUGUGAUCAAGAAUGCUUGGCUGGUUCUAGCCUUCGUGCUGGUCGAGAUCGGAGCUUUCACGUGGUAUGCUCUCUCUUAUAUUCCGUAUGCAAGGACUGUUAUUAUUAAGUUCAUCAAACAUGGCUGUAGGAAGACCUAAAUUUGGUA